AUGCUGAGUGAUAACUUUAUUUUUUGUGAUGGUUCUGUUGGCAGGAUCAUGAGACUCUCAAGAGCUGGUUCAGCUCUAAGGAAAUUAAAAUGUGGGGGCGAAGGUCAAGCACCAAUUGUAGUUUUGAUCAGCAAUGUUGCAAGAGCUGGAGAUGUAACUGCAAUGAAGCUGCAUAAGGUUUUGAGAACCGCACAGUUUUAUGUGGGCAGGAAUUGGGGACAAAGAAUGACAUAUACAUACACUGACAAACGACACAAUCUGGAAUCUUGGCUUGCAGAAAAGCAAAGAUUUAGAAAACUUCCACCAACACACUAUACUUUUGAGAUUGAGUCAUUCUCUUCACUGUUAGAGACUAAAUUGGAAAAGUAUGAAACUAAAGAUUUUGAAGCUGGUGGCUACAAUUGGAGAAUGGUCCUCUACCCAAAGGGGAAAAAGAAGGAAUAUGGCAGCCGUCACAUAUCUUUAUUCUUGGCAAUCUCAGAACCUGCUGGUGUUUCUCUCGGUUGGGAGGUUAACGUUGCUGCCACAUUCUUUGUGUACGAUGGAAUUCGUGACAGAUAUUUGGCUGUUCAAGAUAACUGGCGCUUUCAUAAGUUCAAGGCCGAAUCUUGUUGGGAGUGGAGGUGUUUACUGUUGAAGGAAGAAAAUGUCGAAUAUUGUUUUGAUACACCAGGCCAAGGGUGGGGUUUCAGAGAGUUCAUGUUGCUAAGUACUCUCAAGGAUCCAUCCACGGGCUAUCUUGUGAAUGACUGUAUGAUUGUCGAAGCACAAUUCGGUCUCAUUUCCGUGGUAACAGAUUUCUCUUGA